UAAGUGGUCUCAACAUGGCGAUAAAACCUGGCAUGGGACGUAAGUCCAGCAGCAAAAAUCCACCAAUCUUAAGUCAUGAAUUCGUUAUACAAAAUCACGCGGACAUUAUUUCCUGCGUGGCGAUGGUAUUUGUUGUGGCAUUGAUGGAUGAAUCGACAUCACCCUUCGCCAGCGCAUUUAUUUCGCUGCAUCACAAUGUUACUGGUGAGGAGCCCAGUCGGGAAAAUCCGCAGGGUAAGCCAUUUAGCUACGUGGCAGGCAUUAAGGAUUACUGUGCUAUCUUCUUUUAUACAUUAACAUGUAUCAUUAUGCACGCCAUAAUUCAGGAGUAUGUAUUGGACAAAAUAUCGAAGAGGCUACAUCUUUCUAAAUUUAAAUUGACGCGCUUCAAUGAAUCUGGUCAACUUAUUGUCUUCUAUGUGUUCUCAUUUAUUUUGGGUGCAAAUAUUAUAUCGCGUGAGGGUUACAUGAACAGGUUUUCGCUGCUGUGGGGAGGAUAUCCCAAUCAUCCCAUGUCGUUCCUGCAUAAACUGUUCUUUAUUAUUCAAAUGGCUUACUAUCUUCACAUGCUUCCCGAACUUUACUUCCAGAAGGUUAAAAAAGAGGAUCAACAAAGUAAAAUUAUUCAUUCCAUAUCCGGUUUCUCGGCCAUCUGCUUGGCGUACUCAUUCAGCUUCCACCGUAUUGCUUUGGUUUUGUUGACGUUGCAUUAUCUUGGCGAAAUAGUGUCGCACAUAAUCCAACUGAUUGGUGUCUUCGAUCGUGAUGAGAAAUUCGUUAGCGUCCGUUUCUUUAACAACAUGUCGUUUGUUUUCGUUCGCUUUACUACUAUGGUUAUUGGUGUGUUAACAUUGUAUUACGGUAUUCCCCCGGAGAAUGCGUUGCGCGCCAAUGGAGCACUUAUUGGCCUAAUGGUGCUGCAGGGUUAUUUAAUAUAUUCAUUUAUUACUGAAGAGCUACGUGCUACACGCGAAGCACAACGUGAAGCUAAACUACUUCAACAACAACAACAUGCGAAGAAAUCAAAGGCAGUAAAAGAGAAGGCGAAAAAGAAGAAGGAAAGUGAUCUGCCCGAGGCUGAUCAGAGCCCUAGUCCUGUUAAGUCAAAGGCUAAAUAAGCAUUUCAUAGUGAAUGCCAAAUCAACUACGUCCACCAAUAACAUAAACAAUAACAAUUUAAAUGAGCUACUUUUCAAAAUUUACAUGCUCAUUAAGAUACGUGUGUUUAAAAUGUCGAAAUUUUCUUACUGAAGCGACCAUAGUAGUGUUGGAAUUUAUGCUUCCUGCACAGUUACACAUUCACAUAUUCACGUCAAAUGGGUAAACACGUAUGUAAGAUGUUGCAUAUUAAAAUAUGUAAAAUCGUAUUGUUAAUGGAUUGGCAGUGAGAAAGGGAAAGCGAAGAUUGCAUUUACUUACUAUAUACAAAAGUUUCGUUACAACUCAAAGCCAGAUUGUGUACAAAUUAAAAACACUACAACAAUCUAAGCAAGAAAUCAAAAGAUUAAAGCAAACGCUGCCGCCACCGAUGUGCUGUUGCUACUGCUAAAUUUAAGACAUAUUUUUUAAUAAAAAAAACAGUUAUUUUCGUUUUUAUUUUUUAUACAUACUGUUUAAAUACAUUUUUACAAAUUAAUUUCUACCGAAAAUUAAAUUACAAAAAAAAAAAAUAAUAAUAAAAAUAUUAAACAAAUACUAGUACAAUGAGUAAACAAUUGCUCCUAUCUAAAUAACUGUUUGAAUUGUUGAAUUCUACAUAUAUUCGCUUAAAUUUCCGCCAAUAUUUCAAUUAAAAAAUAAGAAACAUAAUAAAAUCACAUACUUCUACACUCCUCUAAAAGUUAGACGUUUGAGACUGAAUUAAGCUCAACUUCCACUAUGAUUGUGGUGCAAAUACGGAAUCAUGACAUUGCUAAUAUUAUUAUUAUAAUUAUAACAAAAUAAUAAUAAAAAAAUAAACAUUAAAAAAUAGGUGUUAGUCGCAGUGUUUCAAACAAUAACACAUUCACGUACGUAAACAAAGCAAACAUAUGAAUUCUUUGGUACUGACAUGAAUUAAAUAAAAAACUGCAAGUGUUGUAACUAAGUAGUUUUUAAGAGACUAUAAGCUUGCUUGAAUAUUUUUGUAUGAAUUAUGCACAAAAGUAGCAACAAUAAAAUGUAAGAAAGGAAAAAAAAUAGAUAGAAACUGCUUUAAAUUGUUUCCUUUUGAUAAAUUUACAUAAAAUAUUUAAAACUCUAUAAAAAAUAUUAUGUCUGCAUGGAAAAUGCAUAGUGCAGCUCAUUAAACCUCACUUACAUUAUAAACAUUUUUAAAAAACUGUAAACAUUAAAAAAAUACUUUGAAAAAGAAAAUAUUGAUUUUUCAAUAAACAAACUGAAAAUUGUGCUCAAGUGUGA